GAUGUGUUUUAUACCUAAUCCAGCGGAGCGGCCGGAGUGGAGUCCGCUAGGUAUAGAUCUAUUCCCGCAUGACUCCUCUCAUCUUCAUUUCAGUGGCAAGGCAGCGACACCGCUGCCAGAAGUGUCACAAUGCUACAUAAAAUGUGUGUCGAUCCCCAGAAGCACCCCGCGGGGGCCGCCCCCGCCCCCGCCCCCUCCCCGCCGCGGCUGCAGGUGCCGGUGCCGCCGGGCGCGGCGGGCGCGGCCUUCGUGCGCCGCGUCGUGCGCGGCGUGCGGCGCGCCGCCAAGCAGCACGGCUUCGCCACGAGUGCGGCCAUCAAGGAAGUCGCUCGGCGACUCGGGACCACGGAGGACCGGAUAUUCCAGACUUGGUGGGGGGUGCGCAAGCUGGCCAUGUACAAGCUGCGGCAGGCGGUGGCGCGCGGGGACGCGGCCGGCGGCGGCGGCCGGCUGCACGCCGUGGACUGGGCCGUCGUGGACCUGGUGCUGCUGUACCGGGGCGAGAUGGUCAACGAGAGCCUAUACCAAAACUACGAGCAACUGUCAGCGCUCCUGGGCACGUUUCACCUCGUACAACGUUUUGAACUGGAGGGAAAUAAGCGACGAGUGCCACCACAUGACUGGGUCAACGCGGCUCGAUGGUACAGCAGAAACGCCCGAGGCUAUACCAAAAACCGCGUGCAGAUGUCAGCCGUGGCGCUUCAGAAACGCUGGUUCGAGCUGAAACAAGACACGCGCCGGCGGUUUCACGCACAGAUGGGCGGCAAGCCCGGACUGGUGCCCCUCCCCAUCCACCAGGCAAUAGCGCGCAGAUAUGGGUACGUGGUGACCAGGUCGGCGCACCAGGUCUGGCGCCAUCUGGUGACGUCGGGACAAGUGGCGCCGCCCACGAGCGAGCGCGGCCCGGCGCCGGGCGAGGACCCGGUCCCCCGGCACGUCGGCGACGACGACUCCUCCGACUCCGACACGGCGCGUGCCGAAGAUGACGAUGAUGUAGCUAUAGUAGAAAAAACUUUAGAGACCAUAGACUUAUCAGAAGAUAUUAGAGAAGAAGAUAAGACUAAAGAGGUAGUGACCACGAAAGAAAAAGCAGCCGUCAGUUCUACAAGAGAAGGUCUUGGUGACGAGACGGGAGAAAAAUACAAAGUAAUGAUUGUGGAUAAUGUCACUGCAAAUACGUCUGAUAAACCUACAGUACGCUUAAAAAAGCUAAAGACAAGUAAACAUGGCAACAAACCUGAUAAAAACCAUACUGCAAGUAGUAAAAAGAAAAAAAUAUCAAAACAAUUUGAUAAAACUAUAGACAUAAAUAAAGAGAUAGUAGAUCUAGACGCACCGAGCCCUAAGACAGAUGUUUUGGAAGCUUUGCAAGAGUUCGACGUUAAUAAUUUUGAAACGACAAUCUUCUUUGAUAGCGACGACGAAGAUUUUACACCCAAUGUUGAUAAAACAGCUGAAGUUCCUAAUGACGGUAAUGAAGAUAGUGUUCCAAGUGUAAAUGACAAUGAUAACGAAUCUCAGACAAAUAACAAGGCAGAAAAAAGACAUCAAAGAGAAUCUAGUGAUUCAAGCAAUGGAAAUUUGGUUAUAGAUGAUAACGUUCAUAGUGAAAAUGAAAGCAGUAAUAGUGAUGCAGAAGAUACGAAUCGCUUCCACGAAUAUAACCCGAAUGUUUAUAGCAAUAAAAAGAGGAAAGUAAAUGGGGGAGUAACAAGCAAAACAAAGAGAAGUAAAGUGACAGUUAGUGAUCUUAUGAAAGAAGUGACAGGGGAGACGAAUGAUGUUGAAGAGAACGAGGAAUCAAGUUCUGAUGAUGGUAGUCGCAGCAGCGACAGUUCUGGGGGGAAAGAGACGGAACUGGGAGAAGAAGAGGGAAGUAUAGAUCCAAAGCUGCUCAUGUACGCAGUAGUAUUACUGGAGAGAAUCGACGGAUGUUUACUCCAUCCAACAUCUCGGGAAUCUUCUAAAUUACCAUCACCAUCUCCAACGAGAGAACCUUCAUCCCCAGAAUCUCUACCAAUAAAAACUGAACAUCUCUCACCGUCUAGGUCACCUAUAAGAAAUACGUCAUCACCAGUACCACCUACGCCUGAAAGAGUAUCUACUCCAAUUUUAUCUAGAAUAACCCCACCCCCACCCCUUGGUUCACCUCCACUUUUAUCAAGAAUAACCCCAUCCCCAUCCCUGGGUCCAUCUCCACUUUUCACCAGAAACUCGCCUCCACCCCUUACUUUAUUCAAAACCGAUCCCCAUCCUGGUUCCUUAUUCAAUUUUUUCGUUUCAACUUUGCCUCCGAAAUUCGUUUUCAACAAAAAUAACAUACCAUUGUUAAGAAUGUGUAAGUUCUGUUCCGUGGUCCUGCAAAGAAUUGAUUUGACCGAUAAGGGGAAAAUGGGAAACAGAGUAGCGAAGAAAGUGGAGUUGCCGGAUAUAGAGGAAGUGAGACGGAACAAUAGGAGCAUGCUGACGGCGCAGGUCGCGCCCAGGCGAGCGAGACGGACGUCCGGCCCGACUCCCUCGCCAUCCAGCGGAUCCGACUCGGACUGGAUGCCCGACGCGGAUGAAUACUUGGUCGUCCGGAGAACACUGCGACGCACCACGGAGUCGGGACGCGACUCGAGAACGCAACGACUUAACACGGACGAGUCGAGUUCCGACUCCAGAGCGACACCGCGACGCACCACAGAUGAGUCAGGUUCCGACGAGGGCUCGCGGAGAGGGUCGCAGCGACGUACCGCGGAUGGCUCCGAGUUCGGCGUGUGGAGAGCGCGACAACGGGUCAAGGAAGCUGAACUGCAGCGGAUGCUUGACAACUUGGCCGGUAUAAAUGGCGAAAAAGAUUGCGAUCACAUCAAGUCUACUAGUAUGCGAGGCCCCGCGGCCGCGGUUUUAUCGUCCAAUUGCUCGCGCUGCGCAGCGCGCGUGCUGUCCGCUCCGCCAGUCAGCGGGCGCGAAGCUCGUCUGCAGCGCCAGCUGCUGCGCCGCGCCGCGCGCAUGGCGAGAGUCCCCGUGGUGAGUCUGAUGACUGUUGUGUCUGCAGUCCCGUAG